AUGGCUUCACUGUCGAAAAUUUUCGCCGCAACAGCGACAUAUCCUUAUCAAGUGGUUAGAGCAAGACUUCAGGUUAGAAUGGGAGAUUCAUUAGCAAAUUAUUAACCUUUUGACAUAGAUUUAGAUUUCGUUUUACUGUUGUAUGCUAUUCUCUUGAAAUAAACUUGUAGUUUAAGGCUGUUUUUAGUUUUCAGGCCGGUGAUCUCAUCGGUUGGUUUACUGGACUCCAGUUUGAUGUGGCCUGUGCUCGGGCCUCGAGCCUCAGCUAGGUCAUUGUGUCGGUUCCUUGGGAAAAGAUUCGUUAGCACCACACAUCCCCCCUCCCAGUGUUUCAAAUGGGCACCAACAAAAGGCCAGGGAAACCCUACAAUGAGGAUAAAUACCAAAUCUCACGAGGGAGAGUAGCUUUCACCCUCUUUCACUCUCUCUAUUCCUCUUAAGAAACACGGAUCCAAGAUGGUUAUGAGAACGCUCGGCGCGAAAGUUUUGAUCCUGUGCCCAUAAAAUUAGCUAAAACCAAUUGAGUAUAUCUGGAGCUGUCUCUAAGCAAGUCUGUUUUGUUAAAUCGUUCAGUAUUUACUGUUUCUUGCUGUCAUUUAUUGUUCAUGAAUUUUACUUUUCUAAAGAAUCAGUACACGAUGGUGGAAUACAAAGGCGCGUUGGAUGUGAUUAGUAAGACUUUCAGGUAAGUUGGAACUUGACAUGAGGACUUAAAGCUUUCGAUACGUUAUAGACUAGCUUUCCAUCUCUAGUCAGUUCAAACCCUCUACAUUAAAGAGAGGUACAUGUUUUGCCCGUUUGAAACAAUUUGAAAAAGAAUUGGACCAAAAUUGGUGGAGAACUGAAACCAGCUUGUUUGAGAACUGGAUCCAAUUUCGGAUUGACUUACGGCUUAGUGGUAAAGUCCACAUUUUUAUGAAAGAAAGUAUUCUUCUUUUUCUGGCCUCUCCUCACGGCAGGUUCUUUUCAAAAUCUUAGGCAUGAAGGAGUAACAGGAUUUUAUAAAGGAUUAAUUCCCAGUGUCCUCAGGUAAGGCUAAAUGUUAAAAAUAAAUUUGAUGAUACGAGUAGAUUUGCUUGUUAGUUUUAUGUAUUAAACCGCAAUGUAUAAUCUAGAAUUGGCCAAGAGGGCUUAGUGGGCUCUCAUCUUUAAUUUUAGGUAGCGCUUUGUAAAGGAAAGGGUCUUAAGAGAUGGGGUACCCCCAUAAGGUGUUUGAACCUAUUUGCACCCUCUAGUCUGUGAGAAACUGGGAAGAAGAGACAGGCGAUAGAUACAUUAAGAGCCUAUAAAAUUCGGAGUAGGUGUCAUGUCAUUGUUUUCGUCAGUUACAUGUUCGAAUACUGUGAAAUUAUUAAGAUACUUAUCGUUAUCACAAAAUGUUUGUGCCCCACCUGAUAUGUUAGUGUAGGUUUUAGCGGUUUUUUUGUUUUUGGAAAUCCAGCAAAGGAGCGCUUUAGAAGAAACCCUGAAACUGUAAUAUAUGUAAAACGUUCAUUGUCGAUUUUACUGUGUAUUGUGCGUUUGAUUGUUGAUUUUGUUUCUUUCUAGAGUAACGCCAGCAUGUGCACUUACAUUUGUGGUGUACGAAAACGUUAUUCACUUCCUUCUGCCGGACAGAUGA